AUGUCGAGUCAACCAGAAAAUGAAGACGACCGUGAUCAUCAGAAAAGCAAAAAACCAGCUGAUACUGCUUUUAAACAACAACGUUUACCAGCAUGGCAACCUAUUAUAACUGCUAAUACAGCAUUACCAGUCUUCCUCAUAAUUGGUUUAGUAUUUAUUCCUAUUGGUAUUGUUCUUGUUGUGACAUCUAAUCGAGUAAAUGAAUUUGAUCUUGAUUACACUGAUACAAAUUGUAUAAGUACAAGUGUAGCAAACACAACAUGUGCAGAUGUUUUAGCAAAAGCAAAUUAUACGGGUCAGUCAUGUACCUGUGUAAAAUCUUUUACUUUGGAUACAGAUUUCAAUGGUGAUGUUUAUUUUUAUUAUGGUUUAGUAAAUUAUUAUCAAAAUCAUCGUCGUUAUGUUCGAUCACGUGAUGAUAAUCAAUUAUUAGGAAAAACAGAUCGUGUAUCUACUGAUUGUCAACCAUUUCAAAAAGCAACAAAUGGAAGUGAUAUUGAUAUAGCACCUUGUGGUGCAAUAGCAAAUUCAAAAUUUAAUGAUACAUUCUCUUUAUCAUUCAAUAAUAAUGAAACUGUUAAUAUUGCAAAGACUGGUAUUGCAUGGUCAACUGAUAAAGAUGUUAAAUUUCGAAAUCCUACGAAUGCUGCUACAUAUUUUCCUGCCCAACCACAUCCACCAAAUUGGAAUGGAACAGCAUGGGAUUUAGAUCCAACUAGUGCUGAUAAUGAUGGUUAUCAAAAUGAAGAUUUUAUCGUUUGGAUGCGUACAGCUGCAAUGCCAACAUUUAGAAAAUUAUAUCGAAAAGUAAUUACAAGUAGUACAGGAUCAUUUCAAAAUGGUUUACCAAAAGGAACAUAUUAUUUAACAGUUACUUAUAAUUAUCCUGUAUCAAGUUUUGCUGGACGAAAACAAUUUAUUAUAAGUACAACAUCAUGGAUGGGAGGAAAAAAUCCAUUUCUUGGUUGGGCUUAUAUUGCUGUUGGAAUUAUUUGUAUGAUCACAUUUGUUAUCUUCUUUAUUCUUCACAAAACAUGGAAAACUGAAAAUCUCGCAUCAUAUCAAAUGCGUCGAAUGCAAAAUCGUCCUCCAAUUUCAACAUCUGAAUAUUAUCCAAUUGAAGAAUCAAAUCAAAAAACUAUAAUAUCAUCUUCAAUAACAUUACCUUCGGGUCCACAACAAAAUAAUUUAUCAUCGAAUCUUUCAGGUACUAUUGAUUCUUUUAAUAAUAAAACUUCGACUACACAAACAGCUGUUGGAAAUGUUCCAAGUAAUGAAAUGUCAAGUAUGGCAAUGGUUAUGGUAACAUCUCCAUCAUAUAAUGAUGAUAUAUCUUUUGAACAAAAUAAUUCUCUUUUAAAUGAAUCAACUGAUAAAGUUAAUUUAUCAUCUUUAUCAUUUCUUCAAACAAAACAACGUCAGAUAAAUCAUCGUCGAAAUAAAAGUGAACCAGUUAUACUUGGAAAUUUAGAAGAACUUUCAUCAUCUCUCUCACCUAAUCCAACAACAUCAUUGUUAUUAGAAUCAUCAUCAACAAGUACAACAAGUAACGAAUCAGCAAUGAGUAAUAAUACAUCUUUUGAAAAUAAACGAAAAUCUUCAUCAAAAAAUCUUUCUCCAUCAACAAAUAUUAAACAAACAACAAAUGGUGAAAGACCUUCAUCAUCUACAACAAAAAAAAAAGAAACCCUGGUAUAA